AUGCCUGGACGAAGAAGCGACUUCCAGAUCUCGCCGUUAUCGUUUGAUGUUCAGUUAUGCGAGCGCUUCCGGGGUGUCGCAAUUCGAUUUCUUCCUUUGCAUAAGUAUCUAGUGGGCAGCUCUCAUGAUAUGAUUCUUGCCGCUGCCCACUUGUUCAGAGUUCGUGCCCCAACGCUUCCAAGGGACUCUGGUCCCCAUCCGGAUAUGCCGGGAACGCCUAGAUCAUGCGGAUAUCGGAUGGAUGCAGUCCCCCUUUCCAAGCCAGUCUGCGAUGCUCGGGCGGAACGCGAGGGCCGACGGCUUGGAAGAGGAGGAGAAGAGCGAACAGUCUCGCUAAUACGAGAUCGGAACCUCGAGAAGGCCCAUGAAAGUACACUACUGUCCUUCCGCAAACGCAUUCCAUCCGGGAGGAAGCUUUGGAGUCAUGAACACCGAAAAUUACGGGAAGAUGGAGGGAAUAUACGAAGGGAGGAUCCGAGUGAAGCGAAGAACUUGCUUUCGGACCUCUCUUGGGAUGGUGGAAUUAAUCAGCAUCGUAGCCAGGAUACGGAGAAGCCCACUUUCAACCUGGACAAGUUGCACAUGCCGAACGGUCGUCUGCCAGUUGAAGCUAAAGCUUAGUCAUCUCUUGCAUCACCAUUCCGCUGUUCGAAAACGAAUUGUGGGCUUUUUAGUUAACCUUGUCUGCGGCACGUAGAAGUCUGUAGUCUAAUUUCGGACGACACACACGGUCAUGAGUUUAAGGUCAAUACAAAGUGAUCGAUCAAUGUGGUGAACGGACAUCAGGGAACCAAACUCGCUUUAACGCACGGAACCUCAAACCGCAGCCGAGUACAUUGCUGAGGGGACCACAGAGAUUAUUUCAGGAACCCGUUCCUGAUGUUCUUAAGUACAAUUCAUGCAGAUAGGUUAUUGGGAAGACGAAGGCAUUCCGAAAUACCCCGCAAGCAAACAUCCCCAUCGUGAUCAUUUAAGUGAAC